AUGAAGAAGAAUAUGACCGGAAUAAAUCUGGCGUGUCGGUGGUGCCGACAGUUAUGGCACCGACAGGUUAACCGGGAAAAAGAGGUUGAUUACCGGCUAAGGAAGGGAACCGGAGCUGAAUCCCAUGCAUUCGCCGUCGUCGGGAGCACAUCAACACAACGUGGAAAAGAAAUUGAGCAGUGCAUGGAGAGUGGCAACCCACUCCUUAUGGAAGGUAUUGAGGACUACAAGGGUCCCAAACACACUAUCUAUGAACCCAUGGACUUAAUUGAAUUGUGGGCUACGGCCCAGGCGGAAAAAGGGCCUCCAUUCUACCAAGCCCUUGAUGAGAUGCAUUUGGAUAAAUUGUAA